UAGAAAGUCAAAGGUAGCUGAGUUGUGGAAAUUCCAAUGGUAACCUGAUCAGAUUAUAGCAAAGUCAGCAAAGCAUUAAGACAAAUUUUGAGGAAGAAACUAACCUGGGAAGGCUGGGAUGAGAAUAGGCAUGCCCUUUUCCAUCAAUAUUGGCUUCAAUAGGUGCUUGAAAGUUGAAAAUCCAUUCAUUCUAAAGAAGUUUAGGUCUUCAGGCACAGCCCUCCAGUGAGACCCACCACCAACAGCAGACCUUCCCGGCUUCUCCAACGGUCAACACCUCCUUAACCGUCUGGGUUCGGUAAAACUUUAACAUUGAAGGCGACACCGUUUUGGGUCUUUUUCCCUUCGUUUAAACUUCGUGGACCAUGUAGAGAAGAGAAACCCUAGAAGAAGAAGAAGAAGAAGAAGAGGAGAAGCAAUGGCAAUCGCACGAACCGGAGUGUACGUCGAUGACUAUUUAGAGUACGCAAGCACGUUACCCGCUGAGCUUCAGAGGCUCCUCAAUACCAUCCGAGAACUUGACGAACGCUCCCAAUCGACGAUAAACCAGACGAGGCAGCAGACCAAAUACUGCUUGGGAUUGGCUUCACAGAGCUCAAAGAAGGGGAAUAAUCAUAAUAACAAUAAUAAUUACUAUUAUAGUAAUAGUAAUUAUAAUAACAAUCAAGAAGACGAGGCAGCAAUUGAGAAAAUACGAAAGGAUAUUGAGGCAAAUCAGGAUAAUGCGUUGAGUUUAUGCACCGAGAAGGUUUUGUUAGCACGGCAAGCUUAUGACCUGAUAGAUAGCCAUGUAAAAAGACUUGACGAGGACCUGAACAACUUUGCCGAAGAUCUAAAGCAAGAGGGGAAAAUAGCACCAGAUGAACCGGCAACUCUCCCCUCAUUACCUAUUGUCCCUAAAAUUGAAAAACGCAAGCCCUUCUAUGUAACACCUCAAUCGAAAAGGAUGGAUUAUAGGGAUAGGGAUUGGGAUCGGGAGCGUGAUAGGGAUUUUGAGCUCAUGCCUCCUCCAGGAAGCCAUAAAAAGGAAUUUGCUGCCCCCAUGGAUGUUGAUCAACCUAUAGAUCCGAACGAACCCACCUACUGCGUCUGUCAUCAGGUAUCAUUUGGAGAUAUGAUUGCCUGUGACAAUGAAAAUUGCCAAGGAGGUGAAUGGUUCCAUUAUUCAUGUGUCGGGCUGACACCUGAGACAAGGUUCAAAGGAAAAUGGUAUUGUCCAACCUGCAGACAGGUACCGCAAUGUCAAUGAUAGUGGAAGAUUGGACCUGCUUGAUUAAUUGCUUAUUAUUGUUGUUUUAAGUACCUCUUUCAGAUUAAAAGAAGUGGGGAAAUGUUAAUUAUACCAGGAAAUUUUAGAUUAUGGAAAAUUUGGAUGAGUUAUCACCAUUCAAUCUGCAUAAUGUUUCUUAUUGUGAUUGAAAAUUGUAAUUAGAUUAGUAAUCGGAAAUUAUUUCGAUAAUAUCCGUUGAAGAUUGACUGAAUCUACAAAUGCAUACAUU